AAAAUUAAAGUUUAUAUAUUUAUAAAUGACUAAGAGCACAUUAAGAUGGUUUGUUUUAUAGGGUACAUUUCAUUUCUUUAUAGGGGGAAAGAUGUGAUGUUAUGAGUACAAUAUGUUAAGAACUCCAUUACCCAGCAUGCCACAGCAGUUGUGAGCAUGUGCAGAAGCCUCGGGUAAGGGAGGGGUUUGUUGUGCUUAUGGAGUUGGUAAGUAAAGAUGUAAAAGAAGCUAUAGCGCCUGGUCUGAUUAUUAAAAGCUAUAUAAAACAACACAGUAAUGUUUUGUAUGAAUGAAGGAAGGCUGCACAACUCGAAAAUACGGAACAAGCGACGUCCUGUGUCUAUUCAAAUGACGUGCUUAUUCUCAAAUUCAGGACGACUUCAGAAAUGUUUGGAAAAUUGUAGCUUGUGUGGAAGCUACCUCACUACUUGGUCAAAAAAGAGCUUAGCUACUGAAAAGCUAUUUGAUUUGGAAAGCAGCUAAUCUACCGCCAAGCUACUGAAAAAUGUAGUUAAACUACUUGCUUCGCUACUUGUAGUGAAGCUACUGCCCAGCACUGCUUAUAUGGAGUAGUCCCUGCGCCUUUUGACGUGCUCAAAUGCCAUUUCUAUGUAAUUUUUACAGACGUUAACCAAUAGGCUUCAAUCGUGGAGUAAACAGGAGUUUCCAUCACACCGUCAGCUACUGAUGCAAUGAGAAGUGAACCGUAUUAAAAGAUAACUGAGUGGUCCCAUUUUAAUAUCUAUGAAUUGUUUCUGUGAAAAGUAUUUUUUUAUUUUACAAUAAUUGGUUAUUUGCUUCCUUAGUAAAUUAUUUCUAUGUAAAGUAAUAGUGACAUAAUAGUAACAAGCCAAUGCAAAGUGGUACUACCUGCUCAAAUCAUUUUCGUCCUUCAGUUCUUGAAAUUACAAUUAUUUUCAACAAGUAAACUGAUUAACAAAUGUAUAAAUAGAAAAUAAAUAGCCUGGAAAAUUACUAUUAGCAGUUUUGUAUGUGUUUCUUUCUAAUAAUAUUAAGUACAUUUAUACUUCAAAUAUUAAAGAAACACAAAGAUUGGAAAAGAUUUUAAAGGUUAUACACUGUAAAUGCCUUUCUUCAUCUUGUUUAACAGUGUUGCUUUAAAAGAGUGGCGAGGUUCGCGUUGGUAGGCGGGGCUGAAGAGCUGCGUGGAUGCCCUGUGUUUGUUUAAUAUCGUCGUCACUGAGGAAAGUUAAGCAAGGACCAUGACAGCUCCAUUCAGAUCACUUAUUGAAGAUACUUCAAGAUACCUCAAAUCAUUUGAACUCUUUCUGGAUCGCUCAUCACAGCACCAAUGUAUGCAGGACUUCAUCCAUAAUACUCUACCAGACAUACUGGGAAGCAUUGGUGGAGGACGGCCCGUUUUUAAUGUAAUGGGUGUAGGGAGUGGAGCAGGUGAGAUUGAUCUAGAGAUGCUAGCACAGCUACACAUGAAACAUCCGCAAGUCAAAGUCGACAAUGAAGUGGUGGAACCGAGCACUGACAUGUUACACAAGUAUAAAGGUCUGGUGUUAAAAACGCCAAAUCUUGAUUAUAUUAACUUCACGUGGAAUAAGAUGACAGCUUCAGAAUUUGAAAAACACUGGCAGGAUGAAAACCUUGGGGAAAAGAUGGACUUCAUUCACUUGAUACAGAUGCUGUAUUAUGUGAAAGAUCCAGAGGCCACUGUCUCAUUUUUCCGGAGUCUGUUAGAUGAAGAUGGAAAACUCUUAAUCAGUUUGGUGUCAGGUGAGGGUGGAUGGGGAAAAUUAUUGAGGACCUACAGAGCUGCUCACUGUAACACUGAGAUCAACCAAUGUGUCACUAUUGGAGAUAUAAAGACCUUCUUGGAUACCAAGGACAUCCCAUACAGUAAUUAUGUGCUUCAGUCCCAUAUGGACAUCACAGAGUGUUUCACAGAAGGAGAUGAGGUCGGAGAACUGCUGUUGGAUUUCCUAACUGAUGUGGUAGAGUUCAGUAAGAACGCUCCUGAGGACCUGAAGAAAGGAGUGCUGGACUUACUGAGACAUCCAGACUGCAGUAAAGAGGUGGAAGGCAGGAUAAUAUUCAACAAUAACCUGGAAGUCUUAGUGGUUGAGUCGUAGCCCCAUGACUCCUUAAUAUCUGACCGACCUCCGAAGGACUUUUGUGUUUAGCAUUCAGUUUCAUGCCAGUGCACAAUGUGUCCUAUAUUUUUACAUUUUGAAUGUAUGUAACUGAAAUAUGGUGGUCUGACUUAUCAUAACUUAAAAAACUUAACCAUAAUUGCGUAGCCUGGGCAUCAUAAUAAUAUACACACACAUUUUCGUUUAAAUAAAGGUCUAUGAAGAUUAUAGAUUGCAAUAGAAAUCGCAUGACCUUAAAGUAAAACCCCCAGUAUGAUAAACCAUGUAAAUACUUGUCAAAAUGAAAAUAUGCCUUGUUAGCAAAGUACAAAUGUGUAUUGAGUUAUUUACUGAAAAGCUCAAAGUAUGAUUUUACUAUGACUUUUUGAUGAGGUAGGAUUCGGAUUGUAGAUGUAUGAUGAAAACGUAGCUGUAUCCCUUCUAGCCACAACCGUGAGCCGUGGACUUAGCCGUUGGUUGCAAUUCGCAAUCUCACCGCUAGAUGUCGCUAAAAUCUACACACAGCACUUGUAAUUACGAUGUGGUAAUACAAAUGUUAAUCAGUCUACCAAAAACAUUACUUUUACUGUUUAAAUAACCAUGUUUAAUGCAGGCUAAUGGUCAACCUGCAGACACAGCAGUCAUGUGAUGUCAUCGCCAACAUGGCGGCUCCCACAAUUAAUAAUAUUUUAAUUAUGUAAGUCGUGGUUUUUGUCUCUACCUUUAAUCAAGAUGUCACUUUUUGAUAUAUUUUUACAUAUGUCUGAAUUUGAUCAAUAAACAUGUCGCAGUGUCGCAAUAAAUAAUGAUGUGUUAAAAUUA